AUGUCAUCACCACCACCCUCUGAUUUAACGCCUGCCCACAGACCUUCAAACUCAUCCCCGCCUGGAUCUUCAAUUCCUGGUACUUUUGCAAGUAGUUCGGCCUUUGAAAAUGAAUCUCAUAUCAAUUCUCGAGUACAGUUUCCUAGCUCUUCACAAUCACAUCUAAAUAAUCCAAACUUGUCGCAAUUUAGUUCCCAGAAUGAUCCACAAAGUGGAACCCCAGCCUCACCACAUGAUAUUGAAGAUUUACCUAUGCAGGGGAUUAGAAGAAGAACAGUAAACCAUGUUAGAAAGGUAGAUGAUGUUACUGGUGAAAAAGUGCGUGAAGCUUUUGAACAAUUUUUAGAAGAUUUUUCUAUCCCCAAUGAGGAAACCGGUCAAUCUGAUAAAAUCUAUAGAGCACAGAUUGAAUUUAUGAAUGCUUAUGACUUAAGUACUAUUUACAUUGAUUAUCAACAUAUUUCAAUGAGAGAAAAUGGUGCAUUAGCAAUGGCUAUCUCUGAACAAUAUUAUAGAUUCUUGCCAUUUUUAAUUAAAGGUCUUAAAAGAGUUAUUCGAAAAUAUGCUUCUGAAUUAUUAUUAACAAGAGACUCAGUCCAAGGAGACAAAACCGAGGAAGGAAAUCCUGAUUCCAUGAGAUCACAAAUUCCAAGUUCUUUACCAAUGUCGAAUGGUGCUACUUCGACCAAUGAAACAAAGACAACAACUUCAACAACCAGUGUGGAUCAAGCUGAACGUGUAUUCCAAAUUAGUUUUUUCAAUUUACCAGUUGUCCAUAGAAUUCGUGAUGUGAAAUCCGAUAAAAUUGGUACUCUAUUGACUAUAUCAGGUACUGUAACUAGAACUUCAGAAGUGCGUCCAGAAUUGUAUAAAGCCAGUUUUACCUGUGAUGUAUGUCGUGCCAUUAUUGAUAACAUUGAACAGUCUUUUAAGUACACGGAACCAACAUUUUGUCCAAAUCCAACCUGUGAAAAUAGAGCAUUUUGGACCCUAAAUGUAGCUAGAUCUAGUUUCCUUGAUUGGCAAAAAGUUAGAAUCCAAGAAAAUGCAAAUGAAAUCCCAAAUGGUUCAAUGCCCCGUACAUUAGAUGUUAUUUUAAGAGGAGAUUGUGUGGAAAGAGCUAAACCUGGUGAUAGAUGUAAAUUCACAGGUACAGACAUUGUGGUUCCUGAUAUAUCACAAUUAGGUCUUCCAGGUGUUAAACCAAGUAGUAUAAGAGAUACACGUUCAAUUGCAAGGUCAUCUGAAGGUUUGAAUAGUGGUGUUACCGGUCUACGAUCCUUAGGUGUUCGUGAUUUGACCUAUAAAAUGAGUUUUCUUGCAUGUCAUGUUGUUAGUGUAGGUUCUAAUAUUAACAACAAUAAUAAUGACCCGGAUGAAAAAAAUUCAAACACAGAAAAUGAAUUAAAUAUUGAUGCAAAUUUAUAUGGGUACAGUGUAUAUCAGGAUCAUGAGAAAGAUCAGGAAUUAUUUUUAAAUAGUUUAAAUGCAGAUGAAAUCAAUGAACUAAAAGAAAUGGUCAAAGAUGAACAUAUUUAUGAUAAAUUGGUAAGAUCCAUCGCGCCUGCGGUUUUUGGUCAUGAAGUAAUUAAAAAAGGGAUUUUACUACAAAUGUUGGGAGGUGUCCAUAAGACUACUGUAGAAGGUAUUAAAUUAAGAGGUGAUAUCAACAUUUGUAUUGUAGGUGAUCCAUCUACAUCCAAAUCACAGUUUUUGAAAUAUGUUUGUAAUUUUGCACCAAGAGCAGUUUAUACCUCUGGUAAGGCUUCUUCUGCAGCUGGUUUGACCGCUGCUGUAGUAAGAGAUGAAGAAGCCGGUGACUACACUAUUGAAGCAGGGGCAUUAAUGUUGGCAGAUAAUGGUAUUUGUUGUAUCGAUGAGUUUGACAAAAUGGAUGUGUCUGAUCAGGUGGCUAUCCAUGAAGCUAUGGAACAACAAACUAUUUCCAUUGCCAAAGCAGGUAUUCAUGCAACCUUAAAUGCUCGAACAUCUAUCUUAGCAGCUGCCAAUCCAAUAGGUGGGCGUUAUAACAGAAAGUUAUCUCUUAGAGGUAACUUAAAUAUGACAGCUCCAAUUAUGUCUCGUUUUGAUUUAUUCUUUGUUAUUUUAGAUGAUUGUAAUGAAAAGAUUGAUACUGAAUUAGCAUCUCAUAUCGUUAAUCUACAUAUGAAAAGAGACGAUGCUAUUCAACCACCUUUUACUAGCCAACAAUUACGAAGAUAUAUCAAGUAUGCUAGAACAUUUAAACCCGUUUUAACGAAGGAAGCUCGUAAAUUCUUGGUUGAUAAGUAUAAAAUUUUGAGAAGUGAUGAUGCUCAAGGCUACAGCAGGUCAAGUUAUAGAAUUACUGUAAGACAAUUAGAGAGUAUGAUCAGAUUAUCUGAAGCCAUUGCAAGAGCUAACUGUGUUGAUGAAAUUACACCUGCCUUUGUAGCUGAAGCCUAUGAUUUAUUAAGACAAAGUAUUAUACGUGUUGAUGUGGAUGAUAUUGAAAUGGAUGAUGACGAGAAUGAAAACGGCACUGAGUCUCCUACUGAAAAUGUCAUUGGCACAAAUGACGAAUCGUCUCCAACAACAGAGGAUGUUUCAAAUACUAAGUCCAAUGCUGAAUCGGAGAGCAAUAAUCACAAACAUAAAACUACAAUCACGUAUGAUAAGUAUAUAUCAAUGAUGAAUUUGCUUGUUCAUAAGAUUGCUAAUAUGGAAAGACAACAUGGUAAAGAAAUGACUGCAACUGAGAUUGUUGAAUGGUAUCUUUUACAAAGAGAAAAUGAUAUAAGUUCAGAGAACGAAUAUUGGCAAGAACGGAAAUUAGCAUAUAAAGUAUUAAAAAGAUUAGUUAAAGAUAGAAUUCUUAUGGAAAUUCGUGGUACGAGAGAGAAUAUGAGUGAAGAUAACGAAGACGAAGAAGUUCAAGUUCAAGUAGACCCAAGUAAGAUUGUUUAUGUUAUCCAUCCAAAUUGUGAAAUGCUUGAUACUAUGGAAGAACAUAAUGGAGAAGAAACAAGAAAUAUAUAA